AACGUUUUAACAAAUAUGUGUAUUUCACUACCUUUUGCAGGAACUCACCAAUGGACCGCGCACAGAUGGAUGAACAACAAUCGGCAAACAAUGCUAGUGGGUCCAACAGAGAUCUCAUGCCCAUGUUGGAAAUGAUGUCUCAGUAUCAAAUGAGUAAUCUGGAGGUUCUAAAUGAACGUCAUGAAGAUGAACUAAGCACCAUUGCUCAAGUCUUUAUAGAGAUGCUGAAAAUCCGGCAAUUUUUAGAAUUGAAGUGGGUGUUAUCAUCAGAUGCGCAUAUGGUGAGUAAACUGCUCAUGAAAUGGAAUCGCUGUGACCCUACAUGUUAUUCAGAUGUCAUUUUGAUUUGCAGUUAACUGAUAGUCACAUGUCCCCAAAACACUGUCUUGUCUUGUUUACUCCCAACCAGUACUUACAACAUGAUAUGUGACAUACCAAUUUACAUAACCAUUGAUGACUGAAACAAUAAGCAUAUAAAGCAAACAAAGAAAUUAAAGAACUUUUCUUCAAUUUCAUAAUGCACUACAUCUAUGCCAUACUUUUUUCUUCUGAAAAAGGAUUUACAUUUACUGGUAAUAAAAUGCCUUUUUUUUUUCUUAACAGGUUCCUAAGGAACUGUAAGCAAUGUAUAAAGUAUAAAAAGAUGAUAAAAAGUUGGUUUCUAAAGUAUAGCAGAAAGAAGGGAUUAAUUUGUGUUUUGUAAUGAACAAACUCAAGAAGAAAGUAUUCACUGAGAAACAUAUAAUAUUUUAUUAUAUAAAACAGUCUAGUGCACUCUUUUAUUAACUACUGACUGGCAGAAUUGAGACUAUUGUUCUCUUAUGGAAUUGUGUGUAUACGAAUACAUAUCCAUGUACACAUGCAUGUACGUACCCUUUAUACAAGAGUAAGAAGUGGCUGUAUUUUUAUAUCCGUUAGUAUAUAUUUUAAUUAGUACAUAUACAUUAUUUUGCAUUUUUGAAAAAGCAAUUUUAAAAACAAGUUAUAUUAAAUACUGUAAGUGACAUAUCUAACUUCAACGGGGAUAUCCCAUAUGUGGAUUACUUCAAUUUUCAGCUACAUGUAUUUGUAAACAUGUAUACAAUACCUUGAAU